UUCGGUCAGGUUUCUAUAUAAAUCCUCCUCCUUAACCCAUCCAAAGACAGCAAAAUCAAAACAACACAGAGAGAUCUAGAGUGUGUGUCUGAAAAAUGGAGGAGGAUAUGGGGAUAAGCCAUAGAAUGGUUGAUGUGAAUGGAAUCAAAAUGCAUAUAGCAGAGAAAGGGGAAGGUCCAGUGGUUUUGCUGGUUCAUGGAUUUCCAUCACUCUGGUAUUCAUGGAGACAUCAGAUUCUCUCUUUAGCUGCUUCUGGUUUCAGAGCUGUAGCUCCUGAUUUACGCGGUUACGGCGAUACGGAUGCACCCACUUCCCCACAGUCUUAUACAUGUUUUCACAUAGUUGGUGAUCUUGUUGCUCUCAUUGAUACCCUUGGUCAAGACAAGGUGUUUGUGGUAGGACAUGAUUGGGGUGCAAUCAUCAGCUGGUAUCUUUGCUUGUUUAGGCCAGACAAGGUUAAGGCUUUGGUGAACCUUAGUGUCGCCUUUACUCCUCGAAGGCCUACCAUGAAACCACUUGACGCCUUAAAAGCUAUGUACGGCAAUGAUUACUAUAUAAUCCACUUUCAGGAGCCUGGAGAGAUGGAAGCUGUAUUCGCCCGGGUUGGUACAGAAACAAUCCUCAAGAACUUUCUGACACGCCACAGUCCAGCUCCACUUAUGAUAUCAAAAGAUGAGGGGUUUCCAACCGAUGUUUCAAUUACAUUGCCUUCAUGGUUAUCCGAAGAAGACAUUUGUUAUUACACUAGUAAAUACGAAAAGUCAGGUUUCACCGGAGGAUUCAACUAUUACAGAAAUUUUAAUGUAAACUGGGAACUGACUGCACCAUGGACAGGAGCACAAGUAAAAGUACCAGUGAAGUUUAUUGUGGGAGACCAGGAUCUAAGCUAUCAUAUUCCAGGUGUGAAGGAAUAUGUGCAAAGUGGUCUUAUGAAAAAAGAUGUGCCGUUUCUGCAAGAAGUAGUCGUACUUGAAGGAGUUGGUCACUUCAUCAUGGAAGAACGGGCAGACGACAUUAGCGGCCAUAUUGUCAGUUUCUUGAAAAAUUUCCAAGAAAUUUCAGUUCCAUCUAGUCAAGUCGGGAUAUGUACAAUAUUAUAAUUGCACUCUGUAAGAAAUGCAGAGUGCAAUUCAAGUGUGAGUCUUAAAAAUACGUCUGAUGUGUGUGGUUUGUGUCUUAAAUCAUUUCUGGUUUACAAAUCCAUUAUUGCUGUAA